AUGGGACAUAGUGAGAGCAACCGUCCGCCUUGUAUUCUCAAACAAGCGGCUGGGUACGUCAACACACCCGGCCUCAUCUCCCUUGGGGGCGGGUUUCCUUCUAGCGAAUACUUUCCCAUCUCUGAGAUCGCCAUGCGUAUACCCAGCCUCUCUCAGAAGCGGAUUCCACUGGACUCGCAUGGUAGCACCGCCCAGAUAGCUCGCAUUGGCAAACACGAUACCGCGAGCGGCACCUCGGACUACGACAUAUCCAUUGCGUUUAACUACGGUCAGGCAACUGGAUCCCCACAGAUGAUGCGCUGGGUGACAGAGCACGUUGAUCUUGUCUAUAACCCGCCUUAUGCAGAUUGGGCUGUAUGUCUGACCGUCGGCAGUACGGGGGCUCUGGAGCAGACAGUUCGUAUGCUCUGCGACCGGUCCAGGAAUGAUUCUAUCCUCACAGAGGAGUACACAUUUGCAACGGCGAUGGAGACUUUCGUUCCACAGGGUAUAAAGGUCUUUGGAGUCAAGAUGGACGAGGAGGGUCUACUACCUAGUCACAUGGACCACAUUCUGGAAACUUGGGAUGAAGAGGCUCGAGGCGCUCGGAAGCCGCAUCUUCUUUAUACUGUACCAUCAGGGCAGAAUCCCACUGGUGCGACGCAGAGCUUCGAGCGACGACGUGAAAUCUACAGUGUCUGCCAAAAGCACAACAUUCUCAUCAUCGAAGACGAGCCCUACUAUUUCAUCCAAAUGAAAUCCUAUACGGGACGGGGGACCAACGUCGCAGAUAAUGAGACUGUUGAUGACUUCUUGACUAGUCUUGUCCCAUCGUACCUCAGUAUGGACGUUGAUGGCAGGGUUCUUCGAAUGGACUCAUUCUCCAAGGUCUUGGUCCCUGGCUCGAGAAUGGGAUGGAUAACGGCUAGCAAAGAGGUCAUACAGAAGUAUCUCUGUCAUGCUGAAGUGGCAAAUCAGGGACCCAGCGGUAUAUCGCAGCUGAUCGUCUGGAAACUGGUGGAUGAGACGUGGGGACAUGAGGGUUAUAUCAAGUGGCUUAUUGACCUGAAGACGAACUACACCAGAAGACGCAAUACCUUACUCGCAGCUUGCGAAGACUACCUACCCACUGAAAUCGUAUCGUGGACGCCUCCGGCUGCGGGCAUGUUUCUAUGGCUGAAACUGGAUCAUACUAAACAUCCAGACUACCGACAUCGCAGCCUGAGCAAUAUCGAGGAGGAGAUCUUCCAGCACAGUAUCAAGCAGGGAGUCCUUUUUGCUCGGGGCUCGUGGUUCAGAGCCGAGGCGCACAAGGAACUGAAUGAGUUAUUUCUACGCGUGACGUUUGCGAGCGCGGCUGAGGAGGAAAUGUGUGCGGCUGUUCAGCGCCUUAGCGCAGCGAUUAAAAAGUCAUUCCGCAUAAAAUCAUAG